AUGGUGAAGCCUUCGCUCAAGCUUGGUUCCGGACACUCUUACCAAAAGACCUUGCUUUUGCCCAAAACGAAGUUUGCUAAUCGGUCCAAUCUCCAAAAGUCGCUCACACAACUCAUCCCACAGGCAUCGCAAGAGGUAUAUGACGCGCAGCUUCGAGAAUUCAAACAAAAACUGAACGAGAUUAUUCCUGAAAAACGCACCGAUUUCGUUAAACAAAACCUGUUUGUAUUACACGACGGACCGCCGUAUGCAAACGGUGAUCUUCACCUGGGCCAUGCCCUCAACAAGAUUUUGAAAGAUAUCACAAACCGGUAUCAACUGUUGAAGGGUAAGUAUAUCUAUUACAAGCCCGGAUGGGACUGUCAUGGUCUCCCCAUUGAGCUGAAAGCCCUACAGACCUUGAGCCGGAGCAAGCUUGAAAGCAUAUCUGCGUCGAAAGUUCGAUCAUUAGCAGCGCGUCAUGCGACGAAAACCAUGAACAGUCAGCAAAAGACAUUUGAGCAAUUUGGGCUUUUGAUGAAUAAAGACGACUAUUAUAUGACAUUGCAUAAAAGCUACGAAAUCAAUCAAUUGGGCAUUUUUAAAAGUAUGCUUCAGAGAGGACUUAUCAAACGGCAAUACAAACCCGUAUACUGGGGGACAGAGACAAAAACGGCGUUGGCAGAAGGUGAACUUGAGUACAACGAAAGCCACAGGUCAACUGCUGCUUACAUCGGCUUCCCAAUGCGCAAAGAAUCCAUCCAGACUUUUAUGCAGCGUCUUGGCCUCGAGAGGAAUAUGCCAACAAAAUGUUUAAUUUGGACGAGUAUGGCGUGGACGGUUUUCGCUAAUGAAGCAAUUUGCUAUAAUAGGAAAUUUCAAUAUGCUCUGGUCUCCCAUAAAGGUGAAGACUAUAUUGUAGAGGCCAAAUUGCUAUCUCAAACCCCUGAAGUACAGAAUGGCGAUUUGAUUGCAACUUUUUCCGGGUCGAUGCUAGAUGGGUUGUUUUAUUCGUCUCCGCUGGAUCGGACCGAAAUCUUCAAGCCUCUUCUUCAUGGUGAACAUGUCACGGACUCCUCAGGAACUGGACUGGUCCAUAGUGCACCGGGCCAUGGACAAGAUGAUUAUUUUGUUGGAAUAGAAAAUAAGUUGCCCAUCACGUCAAUAGUUGACCAUGAGGGCAGAUACAAGGUUGAAGCUAUUCGCGAAGAGUUUCAUGAAGCCCUCACAGACCCAAGCUUCGGAAAAGGCAGAGAGGUUCUUUCAGCCGAUACCACAACGCAAAUUCUUGAAAUUCUUCAUAAAAAGAAUCUCUUGUUAAAAUCCCAUGAUUACGUUCACUCGUAUCCGUAUGACUGGAGAUCGAAAAAGCCUGUCGUUAUUAGAGCCACUUUACAAUGGUUUGCCGGUCUCGACAGUGUAAAGCCGCUUGCCUUGCAAAGCAUCGACAAUGUCCAGUUUUUCCCUCAGAGGGGUUCCAAGCGGCUUUCCUCGUUUGUAAAGGGCAGAAGUGAGUGGUGCAUCUCAAGGCAGCGCUCAUGGGGGGUACCCAUUCCUGUUUUCUACAAGAAGGAGAAUCCAGACGAAAUGCUAAUGAAUGAGAAAACUAUAGAUCACAUUUUAAAGGUUUUCGAGGAAAAGGGAUCCGACUCAUGGUUUUCCGACAACCAAACGGACAUGGAGAGUUGGUUACCGGAAGAGUAUCAUGAGGUUGCUCACUUGUAUUGUAGAGGCCAAGACACGCUUGACGUUUGGUUUGAUAGCGGGAGCUCUUGGAAAGUCAUCGAGGAUUUUUACAGCAAAGAGCUGAACCUUCCAACUCUUCCAGAACCUCUUACGAACAUGUAUUUGGAAGGCUCGGAUCAGCACCGUGGGUGGUUUCAAAGCUCGCUUUUGACCAAGGUAGCAUCGGCGGAGAAGCCUUCAUCACCUUACGGAAUUGUUUUGACGCAUGGAUUUACGCUGGACGAAAACGGCAUUAAAAUGUCAAAAUCUAUUGGGAAUAUUAUAUCACCCGACAGCGUUCUUGCCGGAAACGAUCAGCUAAACCUUCCCCCGUUAGGAGUCGAUGGCUUGAGGUUUUUAGUGGCGCAAUCAGAUUUUACUUCUGACAUUACUGUCGGACCCACAGUCAUGCGACAUGUCUCUGAGGCUUUGAAGAAGCUUAGAUUGACAUUCAAAUUUCUUUUGGGUAACUUGCAGGAGUCAAGUCACCCAGCGGAGUUAUUAGAGAUUGACAAUUUGCGUCCAAUUGAUCAAUAUAUUUUGUGCACUCUUCAAACCCUGACCAAGGAGUGCCAAGAACAUUACGAAAGUUACGCAUUUUCGAAGGUGCUGACCGCUGUUUUGUACCAUAUGAAUAACCACCUUUCGUCAUUCUACUUCGACUGCAUUAAAGACUCACUUUAUUCAGAUGCCACGCCGGCACUCAAACGCAAGCAAAUCCAAACCACUCUACUUUAUAUUCUCGAUAUUUAUCGGGGUAUAAUGGCUCCGAUUACACCACUCUUGGUUCAAGAAGCCUGGAAUUGCCUACCCAAACAGUGGCUACCUGCCCUGGAGAACUGCCACUCAGCUAGCUCGUCACGAUCCCCUAUGCGAAGACCAUGGAUGCUUUUUGAUCUGCAAAAUAUCCAAGAGAAAAUCUCGUCUUUCGAAGGUGCUCACAUGUUGAUUCUGAAAGCAUAUCGAGCCGAAUUUCACAAGCUCGCCGAUGUCACCAAAAGUGUUGAGACAAAAGUCAACCUGAUUUUAAAGGACAACGAAAAACCUCCAUUCACAGAGGAAGAAAUAGGUGACAUUUUACAAGUCUCUGGCGUUCAUUUCGGCAAAAUCGUUGAGAAAGAGAGUGGCAGUUCUAUCACAUUGUCGAACGGGCAGCAAAUCCACUUAGAAGUGGAAAAAAGUGACUUACACAAGUGUCCAAGAUGCUGGAAGCACAGUUCUAGCGAGCGUGAUACCCUCUGUCCAAGAUGCUCAAACGCUGUCACCUGA